CGGCCAGCGCGCAGCGCAGGCAGUAGAGCGAGUCGCGUCGGGCGAGUCGACGAGUCGCGCGGUCGCGGAAAGAAGCAGCGCUAAAGGCGGCCAAGAGAGAAGCGGCAGUAUCGGCGGCGGCGACGGCGACGACGGCGACGACAACGACGACGACAACAACAACGACGACGACGACUACCACCACUACUACUUUGACGGUAGCAACAGCGACAACAGCAGCAUCAUCAGCAGCGGCAUCGGCAUCGGCAUCGGAGCAUCGCGGUACGCCGUAUGCGCGUCCCCGCUCGGUGCGUCGCCGUCGGCCAUUGUCUCUGACAUGGAAGCCUACCAAAAUGGCAGAGGUCGUGCAGAUGUUUUUGUUCCUAUAUAAGUCCAAGUACCGUCGGAAAGGGCAGUGGCGGCUGUUCCGUCGCGACGAGGUCGCGGUGCGCCGAGAUUGCCGGCAGCGACGGCGGUGGUGGCAUGACGCGAUCGCGGUAUCGUGGCCGUUACUGUGGGCGGCUCUGGUCUGCUACUGGGUGGUGCACGUAAGCGCCGCCGCUUCCACUUCCUCGUCGUCGCCGACCGCGGACACGGGCUGCGACGCCGACAGCUGCCUAAACGGCGACUGUGUCAAUGGCACCUGCGUAUGCCGCGAAGGAUGGCAGGGCGCGCAUUGCCAAUUCUGCGGCGGGAAAGUCAAAUUGCUGGGGAGUAGCGGCAGCAUCCAUGACGGUUUCGGCAACUACACUGCGGACGUGAAGUGCUCCUGGCUGAUCCAGAGCGAGCCGGACACCAAGAUACGCAUGCACAGCGAGCCGGACACCAAGAUACGCAUGCACGUGGAGCAGUUUGCGACGGAAUGCGGCUGGGACCAUCUGUACAUCUACGACGGUGACAGCAUCGAGGCGCCGUUGCUGGCCGUAUUCUCCGGGCUGAUGCACAAGGACGGCUAUCACAUACGCCGCGUGCCGGAAGUAAUAGCGCGAUCCGGCAGCGCGCUGCUGCACUUUUACUCCGACGUCGCGUACAACAUGAGCGGCUUCAACAUUACGUAUAAAAUCAAUGCUUGCCCGAGCAGGUACUCCCACACGGACUGCUCCCAGAACGGUGUGUGCAUAGAGGGCACAUGCACCUGCGACGCCUGGUGGACCGGUGAAGCCUGCGACGUGCAGGUAUGCCCCAACAAUUGCACGUACAUCCACGGCCAGGGCGAGUGCGAUCGCGAGAGUCAUCACUGCAACUGCUUCAACGGGUACAAAGGUGCGGAUUGCGGUCAAAAGGGCGAUCGUGGGUUUUGGGAGACUAUUACGUAUAAGGACCUACUGCCGGAUGGCUCGGCCAGUCACUGUUCCAUCGUCUGGAAGGACUCGCUGUAUGUGGUCGGCGGCGAGAGUUUUCACCGUGCCAAGAUGAUCUAUGUUUACGAUUACAACGGCAACGUCUGGGAGACGCCUCAUGUGGAAGGCAAAGCGCCGUUGCCGCGUUACGCGCACUCGUGCGUGCUGUUCGGUGAUAAGAUAUUCAUGUACGGUGGUGUCGUGCAAAACUCAACCGUGACUAAUGAGAUCUGGGCGUUCGACGUGUCCGCGAAGGUCUGGGAAAACGUCACCGUACAUGACAACUGCCACAAUAAGACGAUAUGCGGCCCUCUGAAGGUAGCCGGGCAUACCGCGACCCUCGUGCAGAGUCUCAACAAAAAGGAGAAGAUGGUUGUGAUAUUCGGCUAUUCGCCCCAGUAUGGUUACUUAAACACCGUCCAAGAGUACUACUUGGGUACGCGGGAGUGGCAGAUCGUCAAGACGAUCGGCUUCCCGGUGAAGGGUGGCUACGGGCACAGCUCUGCUUACGAUCCCCUCACGAAUCUCAUAUACGUGUACGGCGGCUACGUGUCGGAGUCGCAGAGCACGCAGGUGUUGACCAGCCGGCUGUACUCUUACCAUCCAAAUUUUCACGAGUGGCGGCUGCUCACGUCAGCGCCGUCGGCGCGGUUCUUUCAUACAGCCGCUUUCGUCUCCGGCGGACUCAUGCUGGUGUUUGGCGGCAACAUGCACAACGACACGCAUCACUCGCACGGCGCGCGAUGCUACUCGUCCGACACGCUGGGCUACGACGUCACGUGCGACGCUUGGCAUCAAUACACCAUGCCCAAAGACAUGAACGAUCUGCCGCGAUACGGCCAUACUGCAACAGUCUUCGAAAAGUCGAUGUAUAUCUUUGGCGGUUUCAACGGUGAAAUGUUAUCCGACAUGCUGAGGUAUACACCGGGAAACUGCGAGCAUAUUACAAACCAGUAUCAGUGCCUGAACGCCAGAAUAGGCGUGAAAUGUGUGUGGCACAAGCGGGACGGUCGAUGUUUGCAGAUUACGAAGAUACCACAGCAUGUGCUUAAUCACGAGUAUGACGAUCACGACGGCGUUUACAUGAGAUGCUUGGACGAGAUGCCGCCACGCGGCAUGACGUCUCACGAGGAGCUCUGCAAACUCUUCAUAGACUGCGUCGCCUGCGUACAGACCUCAUACAAUUGCGUCUGGUGUGGCAAAAGCUGCUCUCACGAGAAGUGCCGGGAUCAUCCCAACUCACCAGCGUCGCGACUCGUCAUCAAGGAUCUGGAGCAGUGCGACGCGAACACCGGCAUCGAGUGUUUGCAGUUGCACACGUGUCACGCUUGUUCCAGCAAUCCGCGCUGCAUAUGGUCGUGGUCCAACGGACCCGAUCGUUGCAAGCCGCAAUCGAAGACCCGAGAUAACGAUCGACCGGUGGGAGUAAUUCCUCACGUGCCACCGAAACAGGUGAGCGUAUUGAACGGCACAAUCCUGGCGCAACGCCUGACGAUGGACACAUGCCGUAGUCCGUGUGUGGAGUACACAUCGUGCCGAAAUUGCACCGAAUCCGACUGCAUCUGGUGUCAGAACGAGGCCAAGUGCGUGGAUAAGAACGCGUAUCCGGCUAGCUUCCCGUACGGACAAUGUCGCGAGUGGACAACGAUGGACGCUCGAUGUCGCGCAACGGAGACCGGCAGAGAAUGGUGCAGCUUCUACUCGUCGUGCUCCACGUGUCGAGCGGACCCAGGCUGCGGCUGGUGCGACGACGGGUCCGAGACCGGCAAAGGAUUGUGCCUGCCUGGUGGAGCUGGCGGCCCCAGCAGCAAGAGUUUCAAUACGUGCCCGAGAGAUAAUUGGUACUUCACGAAUUGUCCGACUUGCCAAUGCAAUGGUCACAGUAAGUGUCUUCCAAACAGCAGCGUGUGCAUUCAGCCGUGCGGCAACUUGACCUACGGACCACACUGCGACAAGUGUAUUCCUGGCUAUUACGGUAGUCCACUGAACGGAGCGACGUGUCAGCCUUGUUCCUGCAACAAUCAGGGCACGCAAUGCACGAGCGAGACGGGCAAGUGUUUUUGCACGACCAAGGGCAUUAUCGGCGAUCAUUGCGAGCGUUGCGACGUGUCCGGUCUCUAUCACGGAGAUCCUACGAAUAAAGGCUCUUGUUUCUAUGACUUGGCCAUCGACUACCAGUUCACUUUUAAUCUGAGCAAGAAGGAGGAUCGCCACUAUCGAGCCAUCAACUUCAAGAAUUCGCCGCCGAAAGCCGACAUCGACGCUGAGUUUUCCAUCACGUGCUCUGUGCUCGCCAAAAUGAAUGUCACCAUUAAAAAGGUCAACAGCCCGGAGAAGCCUGUGCUGCUUGGUGCGAAUUGCACGACGACCAUGUACAAGCACCGUUUCAGCAAGGCGGACUACAAUUUCGGCGGCGAGGAUAACAAUACCCUCACCACGUUCUACGUGUACAUGUAUGACUUCCAGCCGCCGCUGUGGAUUCAGAUCUCGUUCUCACAGUACUCCAAGCUGAAUCUGCAGCAGUUUUUCAUUACAUUUUGCACGUGCUUCCUCGCUCUGCUGCUGGUGGCCGCCAUUCUCUGGAAGAUUAAGCAGAAGUAUGACAUGUAUCGAAGAAGACAACGACUCUUCCUAGAAAUGGAGCAGAUGGCUAGCAGGGCGUUCAGUCAGGUUCUCGUAGAGAUCGAGAGGCGCGACAUCGAGAACUCAGACUCGGAAGGCGGCGAUGCCGAUUUGAUCAAUUGCCGUAAGAAGAAGAAGGCUGCUCCUAGUCCGAUCGCAUUGGAGCCCUGUUGUGGUAACAGAGCGGCGGUCCUCUCUCUGCUAGUCAGAUUGCCGACCGGCGGUGAGCCUUACACGCCAGCCGGGCAAAGUGCUGGCCUAGCCGUAGCCUCCGCCCUAGUCACGCUAGGCAGCCCGCGCAGGCCGUCUCAGGAGCUAACGACGAAAGAACAGAAGAAGACGAGAAAGUCCAUCAGCCAGCACCCGGACUCUACUUGCAUUUAGCGGUAAACCCGAAGAUGCCGGUGCGAGAGAGCCGGUAUAUAAGGGGCCGCCGGCGUGUAUAUCAUGGCCAGGGUGCGAUGAGCCUUAGAGUUGUUUCUGUGAUCUUGUCCGCGCUUAAACGCGGCGGAACGGUCGGUCCUUCUGUCUUCGAACUCUGUUUGAGUGAAGAAGAAGUGCGAACGACGACCACGACGACGAUGACGACGACGACGAUGACGAAGACGGCGACGACGAGGACGAGGACUGCAUCGCGUCAAGGCGAAACGCGCGCGAGUCGCACUCGUCGACGCGCGACUGAUCGGUGAAUCGAACUGUUCGAGUAGUUUGAUUGCGGUUAACCGAGGAGCGGCUCGGCUGAGCGUUUAACGCUAGGUAGACAUAUACAUACACACACGCGACUUUCCUUAUCGAGUAGAAGGAAGCGCCUUCUUGCCGUGGAGCAGGCUCAGACUACUCCUAUCGGCUAGUACGUCCGUUAAUCACAGUAAGUAAGACUCUGCUCGGGCGCUGUGUAUGAGGAAGGUUGUCGUAUUCGUGCUCAGAGGACGCCCGUUCAUUAUUACUCGGCUAAGCCUUUGAGUUCCACCUCGAUUUAAAUUAACGAUGUACAGUGUUGUGUAUAUAGGUGGUUUAGACGCGAUUCACGUUUUCCUCGAAGAAGUUAUGAUACGAUGUAUCGGUCGUGCGGACAAAACUUGGCCUCGUGCAUACUCGAAGAAGCUUUCAUCCGCUGCCUCGACCGGAAAAAUUACGAAUCUAGAGGAACUUUUCGGGUAGUCGUUGUGUCACAAAUUCAGACACUUGAGAUAUUGAAAAUCAUAGCUUUCAAAUCUGACGAAGCUGUCGGCGUAGCGUAUCUAUCUCUGGUCUCAAGAACAGAUCUUUCGGUGAUUAUGAAUUUCAUAUAUUACGUUUUAUCUACAACUUAUCCUUUUCUCCAACGAAAGCAGUAGUCGUUCGUAAUUUUAACGCGGCAGAUGAAAGCUUGUAAAAUGCCAUAAGAGUUAUUAAGAGAAAACCCAUUAUGACGUUACUGAACGUGAUUGAAUUCGAAGAAGUACAACGCUUCGACGUAAGCUGUAAAUAAGCUGUAUUUUUGUCGGACUCGAGCGAAGAAUGCAGAUCGUUUAAAUAGUGAAGACCAAAAGCGACGCGCGACA